AUGACUCAGUGUCUCUCCCCAGUGGUGUGCCAUGCUACAGGCUUCUACCCUGACAGGGUGGUGGUGUUCUGGAGGAGAGACGGCCAGGAGCUCCAUGAGCAGGUGGACCCCGGGGAGGUCCUCCCCAACCACGACGGGACCUUCCAGGUCAGCGUGGACCUGGACCUCACGGCCGUCCCACAGGAGGACUGGGGGAGGUACGAGUGUGUGGUCCAGCUGAAAGGCAUCGAGGACAUCCCCACCCCCCUGGACCCCGCCCUCAUCAGGACCAACUGGGGGAAGACUGGGAGGGACGGAGGGCUCCCGGGGCCCUUCCUCGUCGCUGGCUCUGUGGCGGGGGCCCUCCUCCUGGUUGGAGCUCUGGUCCUGGCGGGAGUCUGUUGGUACAGGAAGAGGAACGGUUCAGCCCAACGUCCAGCAGCUGGUUCUGACACCAGCUCUGAGAACCCUGAGGGACAGAAACAUCUUCUGGCCCCGACCCCUGACCCCAAGAGCUGAAUGAUGAAGAGGCUUCUCGUUGGAGGAUUGAUCAUCAUUCAUAAUCCUGACCAUCAGGCGUGGGGCUCAGAUCGCCUCAGACUCAACGACAACACUCUGACUCACUUUGAUCUGGAAAACAACAAUUAAUCCCUAAGAAAGCUUAAAUAAAGGAAAUCAUUGUCUACUCUUAUUACAGUAUAACUAAGUGAUUAUUACCGACUAUAAUCACUGUCAUAUUCCAUUAAGUUGUACAUUUGAUAAUUUGUUGAGUCAUUGGUUGACUCGCCGAUCUGUAACUGAUGAUUUGAAACCAUGGCAACAUGAUCUCCCUCAUGAGCGGCCAUCUUAGUUAGGAUGCGGUUGCUCACCGCAUAACGUUUGUUUAACGUGUGGGUUUAUAAUGUUUAAGAUGUUUAAUAUGAUAUUAUUAGGAUUAUUAAGGGGCCGUAAUCCAGACCGUUGAUUCAGACUGCCCUUGGCCCUAAUUAAUCCUUCUUUAAUACUAUGUAAUAUAUAUAUAUAUAUAUAUAUAUAUAUAUAUAAAAUAAUCAUUAUCAGUCUUUUUGGAAAAUAUUUUAGAGUUGCUGGAAUACACUGGUCUUGUGGGACUUAUAAUUAAAAUAUUAUAAGCUGUUUUUUCUUUUUGCUGUAAAUAAAGUUUCAA